AUGAUGGCAACUGCGGACAUGGUGGACUUACCGCCAGAUGAUGCAGGUCUUGAGUUUCAGGACUUGUUCAGCACGCGCAUGGAGAACCCACUGAUGGCAGAGCCAGUUGGGCCCACACAUUUGGCACUUCCAGACGCAGAUGAUUGUCCAGAAGAGAUGGUUGCCUUUACGGGUGAGGGGUCGUGGGCGCAACAGUCUUGCACAUGCAAGGCAAAAUGCCUUGACAAGCUGAGAGAAGACCAUGCUUGUUUUGCACGAGCCCAGAGAUUCCAAGAGAUGUUGCGAGACAUGACACCAGUUGACAAGACCAACUUGGUCUUUGACAUGGUGCGACGAAUGAGAACUAGUGACAAGUGUGUGUGGAGAGGCUCUAAACCCUCAGCUGCCCAGUGGGUCUUCCUGGGCCACUGUGUGUGUUUCAAGGCCUUUCUGAUCCUUACUCAAUCCUCAAAGACAUUCCUCAACCGGUUGAUUGAGGCCAUUGAUGCUGGUGCAGUGGUUGCACCACAAGAUGGCAGAAAGACCCGGGAGAAGCGUGAGGCUCCACAGAUGGCAAGUGCUGACACCUUCUUUUCCAACAUGUGGAGUUUUCUUGGUGAAUCGUUGGCAGAAACUGCCCUUCCCGAUCCAGACAGUGAAGAGAAUUUUUUUGAGGGAGUUUCAGAAGCAGAUUUUGAUGCUCUCACCAGGGAAAGGGGAGCAAAGGAUGUUUACAAUGAGUUUGUCCUCGGUGAUGCCAACCCUAGUAUUGCAGCUGCUAUGCCACCAAAUGAGCGGGAGGUAAGAUGGAUUCCACACACCAAUAUUGCUCAGAUGUAUGAGCAAUACAAGUUCCAGCAUAGCAGCGACUCUGAACCAUUGUGCAGUAUGUCAGUGUUCUAUCGGUGCUGGAAAACUCGAUGGUGUGGUGUCAUCCGCAUCCGGCGUGCAUCCCAACAUGCACAGUGUGAAACCUGUGCAAAGUAUGCUCAGUGGCGACUGAGGGCACGCUCCGAGCAAGAGAAGGGUGAAACCCAGGCUGCCUAUUCAAAGCAUUUGUCCCAGGUGUUUGCUGACAGGGAUUUGUCAGCAAGGUACAACACACACUCAGAGCAAAGCUGUUCAGAGCAAACCCAGAUUCCAUUCAGCAAGCGCACCCUGAUGCUAUCUUUAGAUGGCAUGGACCAGGCCAAGUUUAAAUGUCCUCGUCAUUGUGGAACCGGGAAGUUGCUCGAGACAAACUGGCGUCCUGUGCUUCACUGCAGCUGCGUGAUAAUCCAUGGACUGGCAGAAAUCUAUUUUCUGGCUAAUGCUGACCAGAAGAAGGAUUCUAGCUGUCAGAUGCAGAUGCUGUGCCAAUCGCUGGAGUGGGCAUCACACUUGUUGGACAAGCGGGGCCUCCCGCUUCCACAGCAUUUGCAGAUCCAAUCGGAUAACACAGCCCGAGAGGGCCGGAACCAAUGGCUGAUUCUAUGGGCUGCAGAGCAAGUUGCAAGUGGACGUUUCCUUUCAGUAUCCACACCAUACUUCAGGGUUGGCCAUACACAUUGGAUUGUCGACCGUCGAUUCAGUGUGGUAGCCGGAAUCCUUGCUCGCGCCAAAGUCUUGGAAACACCUGAGGCCUUUUGCCAAGAGAUCAAGCAGAACCUGGAUCCUCUUCCAGGGCAUUUGUUGAUCGUUGAGAAAUUGGAUGCAGUGUGGGAUUUUCAUCCUUGGUUGCAACGUCUUGGGGUUAGCUUGAGCGGAAUCGCAAUUCUAGGAGAUGGUCUACCAGUGGCUCAUUCUUUCCGGCUGGUCCGCCGGCAAGACCUCGCAGAGUAUUCUGGCGCACAUCAGUGGAAGAUAGACAAGGACUUGUUGGAAGGUACUGUGCAGCAGCAGGAGAAGGAUGCAGUGUUGCUGGCAAAGAAAUGGAUCACAAGACCGGAUCUGAAGCCUGUGAGCCCCCAAAAAUUUCAUUUUACAUGCCUGAGGUUCAUGGCGGCUUCCCAUUCUUGUUUUUGUGCAGCUCCAGGCUCGUUGCUGCACCAUGCAGCGCAAAACAUGUACCAGGUAAAGACCUCCAAUCAGCUGCGAGUGGAUGGACUUCUGAUAGUUGAAGGUAGUUUGGUGCCGGCACGUCAGUCCCUGCCAUGUUAG